AUGCCACACUCUCAAGACAUAGCGUUGCCCAUGGAUCUAGAUAUGAACCACAGUCCAUUAAUGACGGAUCAUCAAAAGACACCAAGUAGCAGUGAUAUCCACUAUGACUUAGAAGACGAAUUAUUUCAAUUUUCUCAAGUUACUGCCGGUUCUUCAUCGCUCGCAUCUUUUCCGAACAUAUCAAGUGAAUCAUCGUCCGAAGCGGCUUUUCAGUCAAACAUGACUGGCUCUGAAUUUGAGAAUGGCAGUUAUCAGAGCGCCGAAAACUUCUUUUCAGCCUCAAGUGAUACAUUUCCUCAUAUAUUCGGUACUACAAAAUCUUACCAACGUCAUGUGCCUUGUUACCCUACGGAAGAUGUCCCUGAGACCAACAUUCUUAAAGCCAUACAACCAUGCACAAACCAAACGGAGUCCUGUAUGACCCAGGCAUUGAAAAUUUUUAAAAAUUUGCAUGUUCCUUCUACUCUUUGCUUGUCGGUUUGUGGCAAGGUCCCAUCUGCAACGAUGUCUUCACCACAAACAACGGAUUCUAUUCUUACUGCAAACAGACAAGCCAUCCAAGCAGUCUCCCGAAUCGUUAAUUGUACCUGUUCCCUCAACGUUCCUAUGCAGCUUGUUUUAGUCGCAAUAUAUAAUAAGCUAGUGGUCUGGUAUAAUGCAUUAUUGCCGGUUAAUUGCAACAAUGACCCUUUUCCCUCCAGAUCGUCUCCACUGGCAGCACAUUCCAGUGGCACGAAGGGAAGUACUAACUCUAUUCCAACUUUCGACCAAGAUGACAACCGUGAAGAUUACAGCAAAUUCGUUGUUAAUCAGCCACUCUUGAUGGGUGAAUAUGUUUUCGAACCUUCAUUAGAAAACAAGUUACGAGUGCAGGUAGUUCAGAGCGAACUCAAAAUGAUGAAUUAUCUUAGGAAAAUACUUCACGAACGCAUCCAAGAGACCAGAUUAGAUACAUCGGCAUGUUAUAUCACACCAACCAGCACUACAAGCGAGGUCUCUAGUGACUAUUCGAACAAUUCCACCGAUAUCGGCUGUUCGGGUGCGGAAAUACAAAUUGACGAAGCAUCGUAUAAAGAUGUGGCUGCACAAAGCCUCGUCGCAUUUCUAGAACAACAACUUCAACAUACUAAUGAAGAUUCCCUGAUGAGAUGA